UUGUAUGGCUGCGACCUGGGGCCACAUGGGCGCUUCCUCCGCGGGUAUGACCAGUUAGCCUACGAUGGCAAGGACCUCGCCCUGAACGAGGACCUGCGCUCCUGGACCGCAGCGAACACCGCGGCUCAGAUCUCCCGGCGCAAGUGGGAGGUGACCCUUGAGGCGGAGAGGGUGAGAGCCUACCUGGAGGACAGGUGCCUGGAGUGGCUCCGCAGAUACCUGGAGAACGGGAAGGAGACGCUGCAGCGCGCGGAUACCGGGGAACCCCCAAAGACACAUGUGACCCACCACCGCAUCUCUGACUAUGAGGCCAUCCUGAGGUGCUGGGCCCUGGGCUUCUACCCUGCGGAGAUCACACUGACCUGGCAGUGGGAUGGGGAGGACCAAACUCAGGACACCGAGCUUGUGGAGACCAGGCCAGCAGGGGACGGAACCUUCCAGAAGUGGGCAGCUGUGGUGGUGCCUUCUGGAGAGGAGCAGAGAUACAUGUGCCAUGUGCAGCAUGAGGAGUUGCUGGAGCCCCUCACCCUGAGAUGGGAGCAGUCUUCCCAGCCCACCAUCCUCAUCGCAGCCAUCAUUGCUGGCCUGAUUGUCCUUGGAGCUGUGGUCACUAGAGCUGUGGUUGCUGCUGUGAUGUGGAGGAAGAAAAGCUCAGUCACAUUUCUGGAAACUUCCCUGGAGUCCAAGACUAGGGGUUUCCUCCAGGACCUCAUGGCCCUGCCUUCCCAACCCCUCACAGGACAUCUUCUUCCCCCAGGGAGCAAUAGUGCCCAGGGCUCUGAUGUGUCUCUCAGGAAUUGUAAAGCACAAUGUGAGGAGGUGGAGAAACAGCCCAUCCCUGUGUCCACCGUGACCCUCGUAUCCACACUGACUUGCAUUCCUUCCCUAAUCAUCUUUCCUGUUCCAGAGAG